AUGUCCACGAACGCAGAAGAAGGCAAGCCCCCUGUUGAGACAAUCCCUAUUACUGUGGAGUUUACAGGCGGCCUCGAGAUACUAUUUGCAAACGUACGCAAACUUCAACUCUCGAUUCAAUCAAAACAAGAUGACGGAAAACGGCCGAAUAUUGCAUGGUUGAUUGGGCAUCUUGUGAAACAUGAGAUGAAGGACAAAAGGACAGAGCUGUUUGUUCUUGACGGGCAUGUACGACCCGGAAUCCUCGUUCUGAUUAACGAUGCGGAUUGGGAGCUCGAAGGCGAAGAGGCAUACGAAAUACAAUCGGGAGACAAUAUACUGUUUGUGUCCACGCUACAUGGAGGAUAA